CAGCCAAUGUACCAUUGGCAGAAUAGGAGCUUGUUAGUGGUUAACAGCCGAGCUAUCGCGUUCGAAAUGUCUUUGCGUGUUGCCAAGACGCUGGUCCUGACUAUUUACGGCUUCCUCUUAGUUGUUAGCUGUCAGCGUGCAGGAGAUGAAUGGGUGGAUCCCUAUGACAUGCUAAACUAUGAUCCAGCUACAAAGACGAUGAGGAAAGCGGCGGAGGAGGUCAACUAUCCAAACGUCCCAACCAAACGGCGUGUCGAGAGCCAGGACUCCUGCCAGGAAGAGUUGGCGUCCUGCACCAACUAUAUUUCUGACCUCAGGAAGCAGGCAGAGAAUUUAAAGAAGAAAAUUGCAACGAUUUCACAGCAGCCUUCGCAGAGUCCUGUCUUCCUGCGGUUCCUGAGCAGACUUCUGAGAGAAAUCAAGCGAGUUGGUGAGCCGAGUGACUCCAGGGAGGUGUCCUACGAUGCUGCUAUCAGGGUGUCGAAACAAUCUCUGAGUGAGUUGCAGACCAUCCUGGACGAUAAAGAGAGCAGGAGGACCGGAGCCUUGGACGACGUAUUGAGCCAGAUUCUGGUUGACCUUCGACCUCAUGACUACGAGGCCUGGAAGUGGCGAUUUGAGGACACGUUUGGCCUGGAGCUUGACACUCUUUUGAAAAUGGCCCUCCUCGUACUGACCGCGGUUGUUGUAGUCUAUGUUACUCCCUGGUCAGUCAGAAGCUUGUUCGUCAUGUCCUUCCUGGUUAGCAUUGUUUGGAACUGGCUCUAUCUCUACAUGAUUGCUUUUGCAGAUCACCAAAAAGAUAUGGCAAAGAUGUCCCAUGAAUAUGAAAAAUGCACCGGUGUGAAGAAAAUUGCCUGGAGUGACAGCCUCAGAGAGUGGUUCAGGACCACAUGGACCUUUCAGGAUGAUCCGUGUAAGAAGUACUAUGAAGUUCUUAUGGUCAACCCCAUUUUGCUAGUUCCUCCAUUCAAGGCCAUCUCUUUUACCAUCACUACCUGCUUCACGGAACCGCUCAAGCACCUUGGACAAGGCUUUAGUGACUUUUUACGAGCCCUUCUCAAGGAUCUUCCGGUGACUCUGCAGAUCCCAGGGUUUCUCGCCAUGCUGCUCUGCUUUCUGUUUUUCUUGUACCUGUUUGUGACAUCAGCCUUCAAAUAUGGCCUCACCGCUCCUCUGCGCCGCGGCCGAAGACACCAGCCCCCUCCUGAAGUUGAGGAACCACAGGAGCGUCUCCAAAUCAAAGAUCAGUUGAGUGCCGGUGAUGCUUCCAGGGUUGUUGCUGGCGAUCGCAGAGCACAGAAGACCGAGGUUCGUCACCGGCGUCAAGCCCAAACCAGGGAAGCAACAAAGCCAGCCAGAGUUGUUGUGGAGACGCUGCGCACUGCCUCUUCCUCCUACACUGAUGAUGAGACGGAUGGUAAAAGACGUCCCCAAGAAGACGAUCUGUCGGACCCUGAGUCAGGUUCUGAUUUGGAAAAUGAGCCCGAGGAGCUGAGAGGAGCAUCCGGUGACUGUGCUGAAUUCAAGAAAAAUACCCAGGAAGAAGCUAAGGAGAGUGAUCCAUCCCUGUCGCAGAAAAUCAAACCCUUGAAGUGUGACGGCCGCAAGGACAGAGCUCUGUCAAGGUCACCGGCCGUCAGAGUACGAGAAGCACCAAUGAAGGCAAACAUCCAGUACCAUGCUGGUACAUGUAUGAUGGUGAAUGAUGAAAUUGUGAAAGGCCCAGGAUGGCAACACAAGCUCAACUCCCUCACAGGUGCCAGUCGACACACUUGGAUCUCCUGUUGUCAAGAAGUAGACGCCAGGUGGCGAGAUGCCAAAUAUGUCCGAUUAUGAAUCCACUCAUGACAUGGAAUGCAGCAACAUUUUCAUGUCAAGGUUGCCGUCAUAGACUUGUUAAGUCUGUCUGUUUCAUAUUUACACUUGGAGCAACCAUGUAAAAAGAUUAUUUUAUGAGUUUUGACGUGUAAAGAAUUUUGGCUUUUUAAAGUCCUGUUGAUGUUUACAUCGGUAUGGUAAAGUCCUAUGGGGAUAUUUUGACAAAUCAUUGUUCAAAAUGGUGUUUACUUUUUUUUAUAAUGGACAGAGA